AUGUUGGUCUCCUUGACCGUUGGCAAGGUCGACGCUGGCGUUGCGGUCCUGUUGACCCAGGACAACCGACUGAUCGAAUUCCCAUCGGUCCUCCUCCCUAAGAACAUCACCUCGGGCAGUAUCGUCGAUAUCGAGGUCUCGCGCAACCAUGCCGCCGAACAAGCCAGCAUAGCCUCCUUCCAGGCGCUUCAGAAGAGGAUUCUGCACACAUAUGGUCUCCGCACCCCAAGUCCUCCCGUACUACGCCUGCGCAAUGCAACUCAGACAUCCCUGGUGCUGGAAUGGGACCCGAUCGACCUGGCUACCGCGUCCCUCAAAUCUCUGUCCCUCUACCGCAAUGGCUCCAAGGCAGGCUCAAUACCGCGGCCCCUGGAGAUGCUGAGCACCAAGAUCAGCGGUCUGGCCAUCCACACCGAAUACACAUUCCACCUCGUGUUGCGGACGUCGGCCGGGACAUAUCAGUCGGAGAAGUUAACCUGCCGGACUCACAAAAUGACUGAUCUGUCGGGCAUCACGGUUACGCCUGGUAUCAUGCCGGCGCCAGUGAAGGAGGCAUUGGCCCGAACGCUUGAUCGAAUCGGGGGCAAGAUGAUCGACACCGUACGCAUUGACACGACUCACUUUGUCUGUACGGAGGGUCGAGGUCCGCUGUGGGAGAAGGCGGUGGAGAUGAACAUCCCGGUUGUGCGUCCAGAAUGGGUGGAUGCGUGUGAGGCAGAGGGUACCAUCGUGUCAGUCCGGGGCUACUAUCUGAAUGCGGAUCCCAAGCAUCGACAGUUGGGACCGCGACCACGCUCUCAGCACCAGCACCAGCAACCUCCGCCGACGGCCUCGACAACGUCUGAACCCGCGCCUCCUACAGGGAGUCAGACGACUCUCCCAUCACGGCCUGGAACAAUGGAGCAUGCUGCGGAACAACCAACCACUCCGUUCCCAGGAGGCGAGCAGACCUCUGCGGCAGCUGGUCAGCAGAACCAGAAGGAAGAAGCCAACAAGACAGAAAAACCUCUACCGCCGCCUCCCAAGGAGGAUGCUCCUGAGAAGGAGGAGUCCAAGGAGAAAGUUGAGGAGGAAAAGAAAGAACAAGACAAAGCAGAAGAGGAGUCCAAGCAGGCAGAGGCAGAGGAAGAGGCUAAGUUGUCCGAAAAAGCAGCCGCAAAGGAGAACGGGGCGGCUCGUGCCAGAGAAGGCGAAGGGGAACAACUGGAUGAAGUGCCUCUGUAG